AUGGAGAAGAAAAUAAUUGAAUUCUUAUAGGAAUGUUAAACUAAUAUUGGAAAUUAUUAAGAUCUUAUUUAAAUGGAAGAAAUUGUUCAUUAACUUAUUUCGAUUGUUUGUAUAACUUAUUAUCAUAUUUUGAAGAUUUUCUUAUUGAUUAGGCUCAAUAAAGCUUUGAAGAAGAAAAAAAUAAAUAUCAAGCCUUAAAUUAAGAGUUUUCUAAUUUAUAAUCAUAGUAUUUUCAGGCAUUAUAAGAAAUAGAAACACUUAAAGUACAACAUAAAUAAAAUAUUGAAGAGUUUUCCAUAAUUGAGGAUAAAAUGAUUAAAAAAGAAUAUUUUAUAGAAUAAGAGAAGGAUGAAUAACUUAAUUCUAUGAAAUCAAGUACAAAUGAAAUGGUGAGAUCAUUAAAAUUACAAUAAUAACAAUUAGAAUAAGUAAAAAAGUUAAAUGAAGACCAGUAAAUGGAGAUUUAAGAAUUGCGUAAAUUAUUAUAGUUACAAAUGUAAUAUCAUACUGAACCUGCACCUGAUUAAUUAGAAUCUAAAAAUCAAACUACAAUUAAUAUUAAGGAACCUAAAGGUAGUAUUCCUUCUUUAGAAAGUGUUAAAAUAAAUUAAUAAGAAAGUUAUAUAAGUAUAGAAUUAAAUUAGCAAUCUAAUUUAUAAGAGAUUUAAUAAUAGGAAGAUUAUUCUUAAAGAAUUCUACGUAAAAAUAGUAUUAAAGAAACUGGACAUCAUUUAAAAUAUAAUUAUUGUCAUUCUAAAAAUUAGAGUAUAAAUUGGGUUAAGUUGGCAACUAUUGUUUAAACUGAAUUAUCAAUAUCAUCAAAAUUUGAUAAUUAAGAAUUAAUCAAUAAGCAGCCUUAAAGGGGAUUAUCAAAAUUUAUAUCUGAUUCUGAACCUAUUUUUUUGGAUAGAAGAAAUCCAUAUAAAGAUUUUUAUACAUUAGUAUGAAAAAUUAAUAUAAUUUAGAUUAGUUAAUCUGUUAAAUUAAACCUUAAUUAGACAAAGUAUUAUGUUAUUAAUGUAGACAUGUUUUAUAAUGAUCUUUUGGCAGAAGGUGUUCCAUUUCAUAAAUGGUAUAAAAGAAUAAAAGAUUAUAUUUUAAAAUAAGCAUAAUGA